AUGGGGACCGUCUAUCUGUCUAAGAACCAAUCAGAAACCCCUUCCGAUGGAGAAUCUCCUCCUGGUAAGGCCAGUCAUAAGAGAAAGCACCCUCGUGCUGCCGGGACGUACCCGCGGAAACGAGCGACACAGGCAUGCCAUACGUGCCGCCUUCGACGGACUAAAUGCGACAAUACCCGACCCGCGUGCGCAUCGUGUGUCCGUCUCGGGGCGGAAUGUAGCUACCAGCAGAUAGAUCCUUCGACGUUUGAUUCCGCGAGUUUAGCUAUCCUGAAGCGCAUAGAUGAUCUAGAAUCUCUCAUCCAAUCCAAAUCCAAUGACGUGCCGGUAGCGCCGUCUAACAGCAUUUCAUCCACGUCGCCUAUCUCCUUCAGCAUUGGAUCAUCUGUUAUCGAUCAAAAAGCUCAGUGGAAACCGUCAUUUAUCAAUAUAGACGAGGUUUUGAAAUGGCCUGUUUUCGAGAAUCAAAACUUUGAUCAGCGACUACAUUCACUAUCGCAGUCAGAAGAAGACAAAGUUCAGUCGGAACUACCAAUAUCUGUUGAUCUUGACCUUCACGAGGCCGAUAUUCUUCUUCGGAACUUCUUUGAUGAUGUGCAUAUUUUCAAUCCAACUCUGAAAGAGGAAGAUGUAGCGGAAUAUGUCAAGAUUGUGAGGUACAACGGUAUCGGCUGGGAUGCCACAUCUUGCCUACUAGAAUUCCUGCAGGCAGAGUCCUACUUCCUUGCUGCGCAAAAGCGAAUGGGCAUGCUGCUUUGCAAAAAUGGCGCGAUAGAAGCACAAUGCUUUUUCUUGGCCGGUGUCUAUUUAAUGGCAACAUUGCGACCGGUCGGUGCCUGGAGAAUGUUUGUACAAGCACUAGCUUGUUGCCAAGGGUUCUCCACCCGAAGCACAAACGACAGCCAGUACGAAGAUGAAUGGAACACUAAGCAGAGGAUAUACUGGACCUGUUUCAAGUCUGAGCUGGAACUUCGACUGGAGCUAAACCUUUCGCAAAAGAACGUCUUGGAUCUAAGCUACCCAACGUUCUUUCCUUCACCACCCGAUGGACUGAAGGCUAAAGAUGAGGCAGCAUGGUACUUUUAUCUGGCUGAGAUUGCCUUGCGCAGAUUGGAAAAUCGCAUCUUGGGAUACCUCUAUCGACCCGACACGGCAAUCUCAGAAUCAACCAUGGUAUACGCAAUCCUGGAUUUUGAGGAGCAGAAGGAUGCCUGGUACUUACAAAUCCUCAACACGCAAGAAAUGUCACAGAUUGCUAAUGCCCUGGUUCUACCAGGUACCGCUCUCUGCCUGAAGGCUUAG